AUGGGGGUUUCUCAGAAAUGGGUUGGUAUGAUUCUGGUUUUCAUCACCAUCGCUUCUCAUUUGAGCGUUUUGUCUUUUGGAGAUGAGAGUCUUGAGGGAGCUAGAUGGGGUGGUAACGAUUGUGGAUUUGGUCGGAGAGGAUGUAGUGGUGGAAGAGGUGGAGGUCUUGGUGGCGGUAUAGGCGGAGGUGGRGGUAAGGGUGGUGGGUUUGGAGCUGGAGGAGGAGCGGGCGGUGGUAUAGGYGGAGGUGGGGGUAAGGGUGGUGGGUUUGGAACUGGAGGAGGAGCGGGUGGUGGAAUUGGUGGUGGUGGGGGUAAGGGUGGUGGGUUUGGAGCGGGAGGGGGAGUUGGUGGUGGUGCAGGAGGUGGCAUUGGUGGGGGAAGUGGUGGAGGUGGUGGUUUAGGAGGAGGUUCUGGUAAGGGUGGUGGGUUUGGAGCUGGAGGAGGAGUAGGUGGUGGUGCAGGAGGUGGUGGCAUUGGUGCAGGCGGUGGAGGAGGAAGUGGUGGAGGUGGUGGUUUAGGAGGAGGUUCCGGGAAGGGUGGUGGGUUUGGAGCUGGAGGAGGAGUCGGUGGUGGUGCUGGAGGAGGUGGUAUAGGAGGCGGCGGCGGUGGAGGCAGUGGUGGUGGUGGCGGUUUAGGAGGAGGUUCAGGCAGCGGCGGUGGGUUUGGAGCUGGAGGAGGAGUAGGUGGUGGUGCUGGAGGAGGAGUUGGUGUAGGUGGUGGCGGAGGAAGUGGUGGGGGCGGUGGCAUAGGAGGAGGUUCAGGCAGUGGUGGCGGAUUCGGAGCAGGAGGAGGAGUAGGUGGUGGUGUAGGAGGAGGUGGCGGUAUAGGAGGUGGUGGCGGUGGAGGAAGUGGUGGAGGUGGUGGUAUAGGGGGUGGUUCAGGCAGUGGGGGCGGGUUUGGAGCUGGAGGCGGAAUAGGCGGCGGUGCAGGAGGAGGCGGAGGUGCUGGAGGAGGCGGAGGUGGGGGUGGAGGAAGAGGUGGUGGAUUCGGAGCCGGUGGUGGCGUAGGUGGUGGUGUUGGCGGAGGUAAUUGAUGUUCUCGGAAAGCAUUUAUGUCGUAGUCGCGUCAUUUAUAUAUUUGCGCUUCUCUCAUUGUAACCGAUCAAAAGAUGUGAUAUUAAUUAAAUAUAAUUAAAUUAUGUAUGACGGUUUGAUUUUUUUUU